AUGCUGAAAUAUAAGCUUGUAAAUGCAAGCAAAGUUGGCGCACGAAUCAAUGUUAUUGAACAUAAUCAUCAAUAUAUUUUCAAUUAUCCAUGCACAAGUAGCACAGAUUGUACAGAUUACGAGAUCACAUUUCCACCUGGCGUGUACAAAUUCGAGCUUUAUGGAUCAUCAGGUGGCACCACUUCAGACCAUGUAUCAUCAUAUCGAUUUCCCAAUGGCAGUUGUAUUUCAAAUGAAAUUGUAAAUUUGUAUCGCGGUAACACACAAUGCCUGACUAAACCUAAUAUAGGUGGUGCGGGCGGAUACAUAUCUGGAAUAAUCCGCUUGAGGCAAUCAACAAAAUCGUAUGCUACCAUUGGUGGUCAAGGAAGAGUUGCCACUCCAAAAUCUGGCUGCGAAAAUAAACCUAGCUGUUUCGAAAGAAGUCUUUAUUCUCCAGGUGGGUAUGGAGGUGGAGGUAGUGCACCUCCGCACUCUUCUGUUGGAACUGGAGGCGGCCAAACUGCUGUCAAAUUCCGUGAAAACACUUUAUGGCAUCGAGUGAUUGUGGCCGGUUCUGGCGGCGGAUGUGACAACAUUGUGGGCGAGUUUAUGAAAGCAGAUGAUGGCUCAGGAGGUUCCGGAGGUGGCUUGACUGCACAAGGAUGGUUUGAGAAUGGAAAGUAUAUUGGUUCUUAUUUAGCUAAUUCUACUUUUGGUUUCACUUUCGGAUCUGGGGAGGCACCUCAAUUAUCUGGAUCGAUGAACAUUAAUGGAGUGCAUAAAUACUCACAAUCAGCUGAUAAACCAGGAUCUGGAAGUGGAUGGUUUGGUGGCUUUGCUAGUCACGACCCAGAUUCUGGCUCUGGAGGAGGCUCUUCAUGGGCAUUAACUAAAGACGCGAUUAUUCCUAAAGGAAAUAUCAAUGCAACAGAUGACUUUUAUACUUUGAUUGGAAGUCGUGAAUAUGAGUUUUCAAAAGCAGAUUAUUUAUUUUCUAAUGUUAUUCAUCAAGCAGGAAUCUGGGAAGGCAACGGCAGACUUAUCAUCAGAAUCUUAGAAUAUGAGCCAUGUCCCACAUAUAAAUGCUUUUUAAGUCGUAGUUUCCUUUUCACAAUUAUUGUAUCUUCGAUUUCUGAAUAA